AUGCGCUUGGAAGCCUUCAAGCAAACAAGGCUUUGCAAGUUUCAUAUCGCCGGAAAUUGUGUUCGUGGAACAUCUUGCAACUUCGCCCACACCAUUGACCAGAUUCGCGAUCAGCCGGAUUUUUCGAAGACACGUUUGUGCGCAGAUUACCUGCAGGCGCAGUGGUGCAGGGAUGGGCAAUAUUGCAAGUUCGCGCAUGGAGAGAAUGAGCUGCGCCCGCACCCGUCGGUCAAGAACAAGGAGCAGACAAAAACCAAGUCGGAGGAGAAGCCUGUGACAUGGUACGCGGAUGUUAUGGAAGAGGGAUGUGAGGGAUGGUACUUCCUGCCCGACGGCAUGGACGCGGUGAUGUAUCCUUGGUAUCCUGGCUACACCUUCACCGAGUACCCUCUCGUGCAAGAUGAGUACGGGUGGGAUACGACAAGUCAACAAAGCACCGACUGGACUGAAUGGAACACGACAUCAAGCAACCACAGCACCGUUUGCAUGGAGAGUCCAAUUCAAAGUCACGUGAUGGCUGCGCCUGCCCUUCCUGAUGAACCUCUCCUGCUCGAUUCGAUCGGUGCGACGAACCAAUUUUCAGAUGAGUUGAAAGUCAAAAACACCUUCCUGCACAUUGACAUCGACGAAGACUUUGACCCGGAGGAAACGCCACCUGCUUCCCUUGCUUCGCUUCGUCGCUCCCCAAGCGCGCCUGGUCGCCUCAUGGCGCUAUUCCUGGGAGACGAAGAUGAAGACUAA